UGCAAACCCUAGAAUUCCGUUCUCUCACAUCCCUCUUUCUCUCUCUAAGUCACAGUGCAUUUGUCUAUGUGUAAACCCUAGAAGUCCACUAUAUCUUACUCUGCAUCAUCUCCUCCUUUCUGAUACAUUUUUUCUCUCUCUUGGAGUUGAUUUCCUUGGAUUCUCAAGAAUUAGUUUUCCCUCUUGUCUAUCUGGGAAAACCCUUGAAUUUUAUGAACUGUUGCAGGCCCAUAAGCCCAAUUUUCUCAAAUAUCCUGUGGAUUAGAGGAUUUUUCCCCUUUGUUUUUUAAUUGGGAGAUUUCGUGGAGUUGAUAGUAAAUGGCCACGAAUGUUUCUGCUGUGUACCUUUAUGUGGUGGACUCCGUAGUAAACAAGCUCAGAGAGGAGUUUGUCAAUGAAGGCGUAGAUGAGAGUGUCCUCAAUGAGCUCCAAGCGCUCUGGGAACUGAAAUUAAUGCAACGUGGUGCUAUAAAAGGCGUGAUAGAAAGGAGCCCUGCUCCUGGAGGUGCUGGUUCGGUAACACCUGUCCAUGACCUGAAUGUGCCUUACGAAGGACUAGAAGAAUAUGAAACUCCUACAGCGGAGAUGCUCUUCCCACCAACACCGAUACAAACACCUAUACCAACUCCUUUACCAGGCGAAUCUGCAGGAUACCCUCACUUUCCUUCAGGUCCUGGUGAAUAUGGGAGUCUACCUGACAUAGGAUCUUCCAUUGAUAUUAAGACAGGAAUGCCUGCUCCAUACAUGCAACAGCCUUCUCCUUGGAUGAAUCAAAGACCACUUGGUGUUGAUGUUAAUGUUGCUUAUGAGGAAGGAAGGGAUGAGGAGGGAGGUAUCUCUCGUGCGCCUCUGACAAAGGAUUUCUUCAUAACAUCUAGCAAAAGGAAAAGGGAUGACUUCAAUACGCAUUUUCUCCAAGGUGGAUACAUUCCACAACAAGAUGGAGCAGGAGAUGUUACAUGUGGUCUUUCUCAGCAGGAAAAGAUUGCUCCAGCAAAUGACCCUUUGAAAGGGGUAAGCCAAGCUAGGCCUAUGCAGUUGAGGAUGCAAGAGUGCAAGAAAGCUGAUUCCAUGAUUGCCUCUUUAAUCAGAAUGAAGCAGAUGGAACCAACAAUCCCACAACGUGAUGGUUCUCAUGAUGGCUACGAUGAUGGUUUUGGAGAAGAAGAUUACAAUACUCCAUACUAUGAUCCUCAAAGCAGCCACGUUGUGGGGACUCCUAAACCCAUGAAACCAGAAACACAUGAAGAUGAUGAGCCACCCCUUAAUGAGGAUGACGAUGACGAUUUGGAUGAUGGAGACAACGGGGAUGAGGAACCCAGCACAGACGAUUUGGUUUUAGCCCAGUUUGAAAAGGUGAGUAGAACCAAGAGCAGGUGGAAAUGUAUUCUCAAGGAUGGCAUAAUGCGCUUGAAUAAUAGGGAUUUCCUUUUUAAUAAGGCAACCGGAGAAUUUGAAUUCUGAAGUGUUAUUCAAUCCAUAUGCGAGGAGGGGUUUCUCAUUUAUUCUUUUUCUCCAUGAGUGAUACCUGUAAUUCAGACACUUUUCUUUUUCUAGUAUUUUUUUUUUUUUUGGCUUCUGGGUAUAGUAUACACAAUUACAGGCUUGACGCCUGAAUUUUCUGAAGGACUGUUCAAAAUAAUGGUCAUGAUGGUUAUUAUUGUACU